AUGCCGCAUAUCGAUCCCAGUACCAAGCCUCGUCCUCAGAAUACAGUAACUACGCACGAUAUCAGAUUCAUCGAUCCUUUCAAAACUUCUAUCCCUUCCGUUACCUCAGUGAAUUAUGUGUGUCCACUCACAACAUCUCGAAUCGAACCUCCUGUCUUUCCUCCCUUGUCAUCGAAAUUUAAGCGUUGUCAAAAUCAGUCUUCAUCAUCAGUCGGGUUUCCAACCAAGAUUCGCAGAAAUACCGGGCCCAUCUAUCUACCUACGCCUCGUAGAUUAUCCAAAGACGAAGUGAAAUCGCCUUUGAUAAAAGGCAGAACUAUCUUACGUACACUAGAGACUUCCGAUGGUAAAACGGUGGUUCGUCCGGCAACAAGAGCAGAGAAGGUCUCCUUCAUCAAGAAAGACGACCACCACGACACCAAACCCACGUCAGUCACUCAAGAAAAGAUCGACGAACGGACAGUUUAG